CCAAUUUUGGCAAUUUUAUGUUAAUGUAUGAGUUUAGCUAGUGCUGGAUCGCGUCGCUUAUGUUUGAUUCAUAUUCAAGUUGGCUAUAAGGAGGACUUCCACAACUAACAGUUUUAGAGGAGGUCACCAUGUCAAUUUCACUCAAGGAUUUGGAUCCUGCUCUACACGGGGCAGGACAGAAAGCCGGGAUUGAGAUUUGGCGAAUCGAAAAUUUUAAACCUGUUGCAGUCCCACAACCUUCACAUGGAAAAUUCUUCACUGGUGAUUCCUAUGUGAUUCUAAAGACCACUGCCUCGAAGCGUGGGGCCCUUCGUCACGAUGUUCACUAUUGGCUAGGUAAAGAUACUAGCCAGGAUGAAGCUGGUACGGCAGCCAUCAAGACGGUUGAGCUAGAUGCAUCACUUGGUGGGCGUGCUGUUCAAUACCGUGAAGUACAAGGCCAAGAGUCGGAGAAGUUCCUUUCCUAUUUUAAGCCAUGUAUAAUACCCCAACAAGGUGGAUUCUCCUCAGGUUUUAAGCAUGUUGAGGAUGAAGAGCACCCGGACCGCUUGUAUGUAUGUAAAGGGAAACAUGUUGUCAAUGUGAAUGAGGUGCCUUUUGCCCGGUCGUCUCUAAAUCAUGAUGACAUCUUCGUUUUAGAUACAAAGUCUAAAAUAUUUCAGUUUAACGGCUCCAACUCUUUAAUUCAAGAGAGGGCUAAAGCACUGGAAGUUGUUCAGUACAUUAAAGAUACUUAUCAUGAUGGGAAAUGUGAAAUAGCAGCUGUUGAAGAUGGAAAAUUAAUGGCUGAUGCUGCAGCCGGAGAAUUUUGGAGUAUCUUUGGUGGCUUUGCUCCACUUCCGAGGAAAGUAUAUUCCGUACCCAAGAGCCCUCGUAUUGUGGAACCUAAGCUUUCGUGCAUUGAGAAGGGCGAGGCAGUACCUGUCCAGGCUAAUUCUUUGGCAAGGGAGUUGUUGAACUCAAAUAAAUGUUACAUUCUCGAUUGCGGGAUGGAAGUCUUUGUUUGGGUGGGAAAAAAUACUUCACUUAAGGAACGGAAAACACUGAGCAGCACGGUUCAUGAAAUAGUGCAAAAACUGAACCGGACUGACUUUCAUAUAAUCCGCUUGAUGGAGGGCUUCGAGACAGUGAUGUUCAAGGGAAAGUUUGAUUCGUGGUCUGAGGUAACUGCCCCCAAGAAGCAGGAUACUAAAGGAAAGGUAGCAGCACUUCUAAAGCGGCAAGGAGUUAAUGUGAGGGGUCUUGUGAAAGCAGAAGCUCCUCAAGAAGAAGAAGAACAUCAAACUCAUAUAGAUUGCACAGGCGAUCUACAGGUUUGGCGCGUUAAUGGUAACCAGAAGGCAAUUCUUGAAGGUCCUUCCCAGUCAAAGUUUUACAGUGGGGAUUGCUACAUCUUCCAAUACUCUUAUCGUGGCGAAGAUAGAGAGGAAUAUCUUGUAGGAACAUGGUCUGGAAAGCAAAGUGUUGAGGAAGACAGGGUAGAAGCAACUGCACAGGCUAGCAAGAUGGUUGAGAAUAUGAAAUACUUCCCUGCUCAGGCUCGUAUUUAUGAAGGAUUCGAGCCAGCUCAGUUCUUCGCCAUUUUCCAGAGUUUCAUCGUGUUUAAGGGCGGUCUUAGCGUGGGAUAUAAGAACAACCUUGCCAAGAAAGGACUUGCAGACGACACGUACGAAGAGGAUGGGCUUGCAUUGUUCCGGAUUCAGGGGACAGGACCCGAAAAUAUGCAAGCAAUACAAGUAGACCCUGUGAGCUCGUCUUUGAACUCCUCGUACUGUUACAUACUACACAGUGGUACAUCUGCUUUCACCUGGCUGGGAAGCUCCACAACGACGGAAGAGCAGGAGCUUGCGGAGAGGUGGCUCGAUAUUUUGAAGCCAGAUGUGCAGUCUAGAUUUCAAAAGGAGGGUGCAGAAUCCGAGGUGUUUUGGGGUUUGAUCGGAGGCAGAAAAUCCGAGUACCCGAAGCAGAAAAUCAAAAGAGUGGCUGAAGGAGACCCUCAUCUGUUCUCAUGCACUAUAUCUAAGGGCAUAUGUUAUUUCCUUUUGCAGGUGGCUGAGGUAUACAACUUCGACCAGGAUGAUCUAAUGACCGAAGACAUAUUCAUCGUUGAUUGCCACUCCGACAUUUAUGUCUGGAUCGGGCAAAUGGUCGAAAGCAAAAACAAGAUGGAUGCCUUAAAUAUAGCAGAUAAAUUUCUGGAGUGCGACGUUCUUGGCGAAAAAAUAUCCAAGCAUGCCCCAAUAUACAUCGUUACAGAAGGGAACGAGCCUGCAUUUUUCACGCGUUUCUUCACUUGGGACCCCAGGAAAUUCGCAAUGCAUGGUAACUCUUUCCAACGAAAAAUGGCUAUUGUCAAACACGGCGGUACACCAAGACUUGAAAAGCCGAGAAGGAGAAUACCUCUAGCGCUUGCUGGGAGAUCGGGUGCACCAGAAAAAACGCAGCAGCGUUCAAGAAGUCUGUCUGUGGCCCCUGAGAGAAACCGUUUACGAGGAAGGUCUCCAGCAUUCAACGCGCUAGCAUCAGCCUUUGAGAGUCCUAAUGCAAGGAACCUGUCAACUCCUCCUAUGGUGAACAACCUGUACCCGAAUUCGUUGGAGAUUCCAGAUGCAACUAAAGAGAGAUCAGCAGCCAUAGCAGCCCUGACCAAAGGCUUUGAGCAACCAGGACCGGCUCGCCAGCUUAUCUUCCCGCGCUCUAUUAGAGGGCGUGACGUCCCAAAGCCUAGAGGGGAGGAGCCGAAGCCAGAGACGAUACAGGAAGAUGGGCAGGAAGACGAGGCUGAUGACGAUGAAGGACUCACAACGCAUCCGUAUGAACGCCUUAGAACAAACUCCACGGAUCCGGCUCCAGACAUUGAUGUCACUAAGCGAGAGACAUAUUUGUCAUCAGAAGAUUUCAAGGCGAAAUUCGGGAUGAACAAGAGUGCUUUCUACAGGUUCCCAAAAUGGAAGCAGAAUAAGAUAAAGACAGCUCUAGAAUUGUUUUGAACAGAUUUGAGAGUGUGCAUGCUAAAACAGCUUAGGAAUCUCUUUUGUUUUAGAUUCUAAGAUAGAUUUCUUGAUAUAUAUAUUUUGUCAUUUUUGGC